AUGAUGCAGCCAAGUAAUGCCAAUAGUGGCACAAAUUUCCUUUCCAGCUCCUCCAUCUCAUCGAAUCACUUCUCGAGCAUGAGAGCGGCACAUCCAUCGCAACAUUUGACCCUCCCUCAACAGCAGCACCCUCCUGCUAAAAUGGUCUCUCGGCUCAAAUCCUUAGUGAGUAAAAAGAAAAAGCGUUUUCAAGCAGAUGGCUUCGAUUUGGACCUAAGUUACAUCUCCCCUCGAAUUAUUGCCAUGGGUUUCCCCGCUGAGAGAAUUGAGGGUCUCUAUCGAAACCAUAUUGAUGAGGUAUCGCGGUUUUUUGAAUUGCGUCAUAAAGGACACUACAAAAUCUACCACCUGUGCAAUGAGAGGGACUUUAACGAGUAUCGAUUCUCUGGACCGGUUGUUCGUUAUCCCUUUUCGGACCACAAUGCUCCUCAAUUCGAACAAAUCCUUGCUCUCUGUCAUGAUGUCAUGCAGUUCCUCAAUGCUCAUCCGGAAAAUGUCGUAGCUAUCAAUUGCAAAGCCGGGAAGGGUCGAACAGGCGUAAUGGUAUGUGCCUGCCUAUUGGAGUUACAGGAAGCGCGGAAUGCUGAAGAGGCCUUGCGACUCUAUGCAGAGAAACGAACACGCAAUGGCCAAGGCGUGACAAUUCCUAGCCAGCGACGCUAUGUUCAAUACUACAGCCGUCUCCUCUCCUCUGCUCUCACGUACGAGCCCACACCCCUGCGACUAACCUCCAUCCGAAUUGAAGGUGUGCCUCAUCAACUACAUGGGGUGCAAAACUUCGAAUUGAGUAUCUCAACUUACCAAAAUCGGUUGCCAAUGAACAACCACUUCAAUCACCACGAUCCGGCCGUUGUCGGCGUAUCUUCUGAAGACCCAGUUCACUGCACACAGCAUGCUCUGGUUUAUCCCUGCGCCGUUCCCUCUGGUUCUGUCAACACCUUUACAACAGGAACUCAAUUAGAUCCCACUGUUGCAACAGAUUACGAUUGUCAUCGAUAUUCGGAUGUCGCCACUUACCAAAUUCCUUGUUCGACACAUCAUAGUGACAACGGGAGUUACCUUAUACGUUUGGAUGAACCAGUGACCGUAUUCGAGGAUUUUCGGAUAAAGAUCAAGGCUAAAACGGGUGGUGGUGUACUGACGAAAAAGAUUGGCCAGUGUUGGCUCAAUACUUUCUUUGUCCUACUUGAUGAUGAUGUUAAUGAGAAUCCAUCAACAGGAACUGGAAGCUCAACAACCAGUGGUGGCAUUGGCAGUGUUAGACAUGCUAACUCGACCGGGGAAUGCUGUUGUUCCACGUCUGAUUCAAAUUCCGGCUCCGGGUCGUCUUCAGAUUCUUCAGGAUCUUCCUCAGCUUCUUCGUCUGUUCGAAAUUCCCCUCCUCACUUUGUGGAUCGGGAAGAAGAUCAUGAGCUGUAUGAGGAUGAUUUUGGCGUCUCUUGUACUCAUCAUCAGAAUAAUCUUGACGACAGUAUAGACGAGGAAGGGGAUGAGGAAGACGAUGAGGACGAAUUACCGACGCUGGCGUCGAAUUCCGUCACCCUGAACUAUGCUUCCCCUCAGAAUUCAACCCCCACUCCUCAGCAUACCUCUGAGUUGUUGAGAGGUGGGUCGAAUCCCCCUAGAUUUGUCGGCGGUGGAUCAUCGAAAACUGCUUCUACUGGAUUUAUGCCUUUCAUCUCCAUUCCCGAGAAGGAUAAUUAUAAUAAUACUGUUCCUAUCCCUUCACUACCAAGUACUAAUUUUAUCAAAAAGAAUUCUCCUAAUGCUAGUAUGGUGUUGGCUCCCUCUCUAUCAACUCAGCUUGCAACACCACUUGCAGUUCGAGUCCUGGAAUUAUCUCAAUCCGAUUUGGAUUCUGCAGUCAAGGGUAAAGGCAAGAAAGGUGAGGAAUUCAAGUUACUCUUUGAGUUUAUUCGUGAGACGCCUUGUGGUAGUAGCAGUGUCAGUGUGAAUUCUUCGAACCCUACAAUGGACAUUACGACUUCGAACACUACCUCCUCAUCAUGCUGUCUUUCAAAUCAGAAACCAAUUCCAAUGGACCUUGGAUGUGUUGGAAGCGGGGGUGGUGUUGAUGUACUCUCCGCUACCGAUUCAGCAACGGCUGCAGAACAAAAAAUUGUAGUUAUAUCCAGUUUGUCCACUCAAACCCACCAUCAGCAUCAUCACCACCCCCAUAGUCCUUUCCGCUCCCCUACCGAAUCAACACCAAAUCAAACUGGGGCUUUGGUUCUUUAA